AUGGAUGACUUUGGUGGACAUUGUACCAAGUGGAGGCAAAAUGAACUUUCAUUUUUUAAAAGAACACAAAAAGAAACAUUCAACUGCUCUGAGUAUGGAAACAGAUCUUGCCCAGAAAGUGAAAGGUCACUGGGUAUCCGCACUGCUAUGUACUCAUUUAUGGCAGGGGCCAUAUUCAUCACAGUGUUUGGCAACCUCGCCAUGAUAAUUUCCAUUUCCUACUUCAAGCAGCUCCACACACCGACCAACUUCCUCAUCCUCUCUAUGGCAGUCACCGAUUUUCUCCUGGGGUUCACCAUCAUGCCGUAUAGUAUGAUCAGAUCUGUGGAGAAUUGCUGGUAUUUUGGGCUUACGUUUUGUAAGAUUCACUACAGUUUUGAUCUGAUGCUUAGUGUCACGUCCAUCUUCCAUCUUUGCUCAGUGGCCAUCGACAGAUUUUAUGCUAUCUGUGACCCUUUACGUUAUUCCACCAAAAUGACAAAUUCAGUCAUUAGACGGUUGCUGCUUCUCUGCUGGUCAGUCCCUGGGGCAUUUGCAUUUGGGGUCGUCUUCUCAGAGGCCUAUGCAGAUGGCAUAGAAGGCUAUGAUAUCUUGGUGGCUUGUUCCAGUUCCUGUCCAGUGAUGUUCAACAAGCUCUGGGGGACCACAUUGUUUAUGGCAGGUUUCUUCACUCCUGGGUCCAUGAUGGUGGGAAUUUAUGGCAAAAUCUUUGCAGUUUCCAGAAAACAUGCUCGUGCAAUCAAUACCUUGCCAGAACAUCAAAAUAAUCAAAUGCGGAAAGACAAAAAAGCAGCCAAAACUUUAGGAAUCGUGAUGGGUGUUUUCUUACUAUGUUGGUUUCCCUGUUUUUUUACAAUUUUGUUAGAUCCCUUUUUGAAUUUUUCUACUCCUGUGGUUCUGUUUGAUGCCUUGACAUGGUUUGGCUAUUUUAACUCCACAUGUAAUCCCUUAAUAUAUGGUUUCUUCUAUCCCUGGUUUCGCAGAGCACUGAAGUACAUUUUUUUAGGUAAAAUUUUCAGCUCACAUUUCCAGAGUACCAAUUUGUUUACUCAAAAAGAAGCUGAAUAG